AUGAGGAACGGCAUUGUCGAUCAUGAAAAAAGCCUUUGCCGCUUCAUUGUCGAGGUGCAAAAGCAUCGUGUUUUGUGGGAGAAAAAAAAAUACAAAAAUGUAGUUUUGAAGGGCGACGGGUGGGCUGCGAUAGCGGCCAAGGAGGAGGUUUCGCCACAAGAUGCGAAACAUCUGUGGUCCCGACUCCUUGGCAUUUAUCGGACCAACAAGGCCAAGGUUAAGAAGACGACGCAAACCGGUGCAGGCAAUGACGACGUGUUCCGGCCACGGUGGUUCGCCUACCAAGCGAUGUCUUUUGUAGACGAGGCCACCCAAGAUGCGGUGCAUGUAGACACGCUUGGCUACGACGAUGAGGGCCUCACUCCCCGUUCCCUCGUGGAGGCAGCCUGCGCGAUUCCACAAUCGUUGGACGACAUCGAUUGGGAUGCCGCGGUUGCCUUCGACCCCGAGCCAUUCUCUCCCACUCCUUCUUCCUACCCUUCUGCUUUAUCCGUCACUCCUCGCACGAUCCGCGAGGGAAACGGUGUGAGUGGGGCCCUCAACAACCGGCUGCAACAACCGGUUUCGGGCGCAACAGGCGCACCGGAAACCGCAGAUCCGGACGAUUUCGGCCGGUACGUGGCCGAUGAGCUUCGACUUAUUCCGUCUCCAAAAAGGAGACGCAUUAUAAGUAUUCAGCGGGAGUUAUUAGAAUCAUAA